AUGUGGGGAAUUGCUCAACAUCAAGUGACCGAACGCCAGGCAGUGCUCACUGCUGGAGCGCUCAGUGGUCUGUAUCUGGGCUACAAACUGCUGGUUGCAGUGUACAAGGAGAUGAAGAUCACCCGCGCGCUGGACUCGCAGGGACUACACCGCCCCAAGUCGACGCUGCCAAUUCUAGGCAACACACUCGACGUCAUGUUCUUCCAGAAGGACCGACUGCAAGACUGGAUGGCUGAGCAGAGUCAGAUUAGUGAGGGCAAGCCCUGGGUGCUCAGCAUUAUUGGUCGUCCACAGACGCUCAUCAUCACGUCGCCCGAGGCGUGCGAAGAUGUGUUCAAGGCGCAGUUCGACAACUUCGGCCGCGGAGACGAACUGGUUGACCUUCAGCACGACAUCUUCGGCGAAGGUGUGGCCGGCGUGGACGGCGAGAAAUGGCUGAAGCAGAGACGUAUCGCCAGUCACAUGUUCUCUAUGAAAAUGUUGCGAGACGUGAUGGACGAAGUGAUUAUGGAGAAAUCCAUCAAACUUCGCGACGUCCUCGCUCAGUGCGCGAAGGAAGGCCGUGUCGCGCCCAUGAAGUCACUACUGGGCAAACUCUCUAGCGACGUGUUCACCAAGAUUGGCUUCGGCGUGGAUCUGCACGGUCUGGACGGAGAUAUCAACUCGGAAAUGGACCACCCGUUCAUUGAGGCGGUCGACGGCUAUGCUGAGGUUUUCGGUGCCCGUCUGCAGUCGCCAAUGUGGUACUGGAAGCUCAAACGUUUCUUAAACAUCGGAGACGAGCGUAUGCUCAAACGUUGCAUCAAGGUGGCUACGGAUCUGUUGAACGAAGUUAUGCUCAAGUCUAUGGCGAACAAGACCGCGGAGGACUGGAGCACUAAGACCGACCUGCUUACGCUGUUCGUGGACCAUACCGGCAAGACGGACUCUUCGGAUCUACGUGACGCAAUGAUGAAUUUCUUCCUGGCUGGCAAGGAGACGACGAGCUUCAGUAUGGCCUGGGUUAUUGUGAACCUCAACCGCCAUCCGCGCGUGCUGGCCAAGCUUCGCAAGGAGAUCCGCGAGAAACUGCCAGAACUUAUGACCGGCGAGCUGCAGGUCCCGACGAUGGAGGAUCUGCAGAAGGUCCCGUACAUUGAAGCCGUGCUCAAGGAGAGUCUGCGUCUGUACAUGACGGGCGUGCACCGUACGCCCAUGCGAUCGACUACGCUUCGUGACGGAACGUAUGUACCGUUCGGGUCGUAUGUGGUCAUGUCAGUGUACGCUGCUGCGCGCGUGAAGAACGUGUGGGGCGAGGACGCGGCCGAGUACAACCCGGACCGCUGGAUCGACGAGGAGACCGGCAAGAUCAAGUUCGUCAACCCGUUCCAGUUCAUCACGUUCGGCGGCGGGCCGCACCAGUGUGUAGGCAUGCGCUUCGCCCUGUUGGAGAUGCAGACAGUCAUUGCUGUGCUGUUCAGCCGCUUCGACAUCAAGACGCUUGAGGACCCGUUCAAGAUCACGUACGACUACAGCGUCACGCUGCCCGUUAAGGGCCCGCUUGAGUGUACAAUCCACGAAGCGAGCGCCCCCGCAUUCUAA